AUGAAAAGGUCCCGCAACGCAAACCCGACCGCAUGGUUUAACCCGAAUGUCCCCACCAUUGUGCGCCAUUGCUUACUAGAUGAUUCUCUGCAGUUCGCGGUGUUAAGGGACCCUCGUGCAGUGGCGGUCAGCACAUACUUCUACGUCAAAAGUCACCCAGCAUUCUACUCGGAUCACGUGUCCAGGGGCAAGUCUUUGGACGAGGCCGUAUUGCUGAUACUUCCGCAACUCUGCCAGUUCACCACGAUUCGGCACCUUUUGUUCGAUGGGCAACUGUCUGACAAAAGUGAAAUAUUCUGGUACGAAGACGCGAUGAGAGACCCGCUAGGCUGGCACUACCGAUGGGCAUCGUUCGCGGGCUUUGCGCUGCCCGCAAGCUGGAUCAAGGACAUAGACGCGACCUUACCAGAGGCGCAGCAGAAGGUUAAGCGCGAUCCUCACCCUGGGGGACAACAGGUGUCUUCAAAGAGAACCUGGGAGGACGAGAUUUCUCCGGCAAUACGCGAAGAGAUGGACUCCAUUCUUCGAACGUGGUUGCCUGGGGUGCUUCUAGAGCGACUUGGUAUACCGCUUUGA